AACUGAUUGAUUGAUGAUGUUCUAGUAAUGGCAAGUUCGACAUCUGGCUACAGCAAGGCUUCAGUUCACGCCAAGCUAUUCGUACUCUCGUUGGUGUACACAGCAAACCCCCUUCCCCUUGUCUGCUACUGUUAGUAUCAUGAUGAAACUUCAUUCUUCUGUAUACGAUACCAAAGAACGUCGUGCUCGAGAGCGACUCAAGAGCAUGAGGGCCAAACUCGAAGCUCCCGAUGCAGAUUUCUUCCUAUUUGGUCAGGACUUCGCCUACCAGUUACUACGGCGACUGGAAGAUAGGCUGAACAAGGAUGUCAGUGGGACGAAAGGGAAACGUAGAGAUCCGAUGGUGGCAAGGCCCCAUUUCUCCCUCGAUAAUGCGAAAAAAAUUUCAUCGGUCAAACGUGAACUACGCGUGCCCAAUGUCAAUAACAAAUCACAGAGUCGGAUUGAUGCAGAAAACAAAAUAAUCUCUCGUAUACGACACGCAGAGACAGAACUCAUUGACCUUUUGAAGAUGAUAGAAUGCCUAAAGCUUGGGCAGAGUCAAAUGACGAAGGCAUACCAUAGAUACUCCAGCCAACUCAACCAGGCGGCAAAAAAUCUUAGCGACGCAAAGAUGCCAAAUUGGAAUACAUUCAAAAUCAUAUCAAGGGCGUUGGAACAGACUCAGAAAAUCUGCAUGGAUGCUGCAGAUAAAGGUCCACUUUGGUGGCUUUCGUCUGAACCGACGAUUUGGAGUACGAUAUCAGUGCUGAGUAGGACGAAAGAAAAAGACGACCAAUGGGCGGGUAACGUACUUUCUCUGGCGCAAGCGGCGCUCCAGGUUGGCUCCGAGGAAGGAGAAGAGAAGAAUACAAGAAACGCUGUUCUCAACCUAAAAAACAUGGAAGUACGUGAUCAAUAUCGGUAUUUAUAGAAUUCUCACAAUAUUUUCAGUCACCAAUCAUCUCUUCAAGUUCCAAAGCUCGUCUGGCAGAGAUCGCCGAUGCAUUAGAUUCUUCAAAUGCGCGCGCGAAAGAAGGCAGAUUUUUUGACGAGAAGCGCGACAUAUUCACCCGAAUCGAAUCGGCAUAUAAAAGCUUUGAAACGUGGGCUUC